AUGAAGAUUAAGUACGACGUCAUCGGACCGACCGAGACGAGACGACGUCACUCUCUCAAUGCCGUAUAUAAAACUGGAGAAAAAGUGUUCUUAAGAACAUGCGACAGUAGAGGUGUUGAUGGGAUUGGCGUCCUCAUCAACAUGAGUAUAGCAAGGAACAUCGACUCUUUCGAACAACUUACGACCCGAAUCGGACGUCUGCGGAUGGGAAGAUAUGGUUCAACACCAUCUUUGAUUAUCUUCGUCGCUUACGCUCCAACAUCAGGCUAUGAAGAAGAAGAAGUCGAAGCUUUCUAUAUGGACCUGGAGAAGUUCUACCGAGAGGAUCAUGCCUUCUACAAGGUCAUAAUUGGCGAUUUCAACGCCAAAGUUGUCUUAAGAAUAACGUUCGAAGAACUUAACAUCGGGACCCACGACCUACAAUGA